AUGUCCACCUUCCCAUCAUGGAAAGAUCGCUCGCAAAAUCAGUUCGGCAAACUUCAGAUUCAGGUGCCAUGGAAAUCCUUCCAGAUGCUGGUGCCUCAUCGCAUGCGCCGCAAGAUUCGCUCCAAGCUGCGCAGCCGCCUCUCACCCACCUCAUCCAUAUCCACACUGCAGACCUCCUUCUCGCCCGUCGACACGCUGCGGUCCUUACAGUCGCAUCGAUGGACUAUGUAUGAUUUUCAAUACCUACUCUUGCUCAUCCUCGGUUUUUUCUCCUUGACCAUCAUCCAAUCGCCCGGUCCACUCGCCAAGACUGCGAUCGCAACUCUGCUCCUCUUCUCUCCUCUCUUGCCGAUCACUCGGCAGUUUUUCCUGCCAUUCCUGCCCGUUGCCGGAUGGCUCAUUUUCUUCUACGCUUGCCAAUUCGUUCCAAGUGAUUGGCGCCCGGCGAUUUGGGUACGCGUGUUGCCUGCGUUGGAGAACAUCCUGUACGGUGCCAACAUCAGUAACAUUCUGUCUGCUCAUCAGAAUGUCGUGCUGGAUGUGCUCGCAUGGAUCCCUUAUGGCCUCUGCCACUACGGUGCACCAUUUGUGGUUUCCAUACUCCUUUUCAUCUUUGGUCCCCCCGGAACGACUCCUCUUUUCGCUCGCACCCUGGGAUACAUCAGUAUGUUUGCUGUCACGGUGCAGCUGGUCUUCCCCUGCUCCCCUCCCUGGUACGAGAACUUGUACGGCCUUGCUCCGGCCGACUAUUCCAUGCAGGGCAAUGCGGCCGGAUUGACGCGGAUUGAUAAGCUGCUUGGGAUCGAUCUGUAUACAUCGGGUUUCAAGCAGUCUCCCGUCGUCUUUGGCGCCUUUCCCUCCCUUCACGCCGCGGAUUCCACCUUGGCCGCUCUGUUCAUGAGCCACGUCUUCCCGCGCCUGAAGCCCUUGUGGGUCACCUACACCCUCUGGAUGUGGUGGGCCACCAUGUACCUGUCUCACCACUAUGCCGUCGACCUGGUCUGUGGUGGUCUACUGGCCACCAUCGCGUUUUAUUUCGCCAAGACUCGGUUCCUUCCCCGUGUUCAGGCCGACAAAACCUUCCGCUGGGAUUAUGACUACGUGGAAAUCGGCGAUGCCUCGCCUGAAUUCGGCUACGAUCUCGCCAGCCUGGACGGCGACUUCAAUGGGGACAGUGACGAGUGGACCGUGGGCUCUUCCUCAUCCGUGAGCUCUGGUAGCCUCAGUCCGGUUGACGAUCACUAUUCUUGGGAAAGUGAGACACUGACCUCCAAUCACGACCUUGAAGCUGGCCGCUAA